CUUCCUCUCCUUCCCUGCAAGCCUAGGAACACCAUCGCGGUUGUGUGAAAACGCAUUUUGGCAGCGCAAAUCAAGAGCAUCUUCUCCAUCCUCCCCCUGCUCGGUCAACCUUUGCUCUUUGUCUUUGUUUCGCUUCACCCUUCCUCCGGUAGCUCUCACUGCACUGGCCACAGACUUCCUUUAGGUCAGCUCAGCUGCCGUUACAACACAACUUGCAACCCAGUCGCAAACACUGUAGUGCUGCUGACUCCCCAGGAGGAGAGAAAUGCCUUCCAGAGAUUAAUGGCUCACUCAGUCCAACAAUCCAAGUUUCCAUGAUUGCCUGGGAAACUUCUCCAGGAGGGUAGAGAAAGCAGGAGAUGGAGUUAUAAACAUUAUGCCUGCAGCUAAGAUAAAAGGUGACCGAGAAAUGAGGAAGACCAGACACUCCUGGAGCACAGUAGCACCACCUUUUUCCUAUGGGGAGUAAAGUGCAUCCAUUAAAGUACACUUUGAUGUGUGACUGCUGAGGGUUUUUAUAUCCUCCCAGACAGUCCAUCCCCAUAACACUGUGGCUUUUUCGUACCUGCUGGCUGCUUGGCACCUUCAUCAUACACUGCUAGGCCCAGGGCACUGCUGUCAUGAAGGACUUGGUUAAGCGCAUGGUGUUGAAGAUGCACUCGUGUCUGGAGUGUGGUAAAUCCUUCAGCAAGAAGGGAAACCUGAAGAGACACCAGAGGAUCCACACAGCAGAGGAGCUCUUCACUUGUGGGGAGUGUGGGAGGCGCUUCACAACCCGGGGCCACCUCACAACCCACCAGAGCAUCCACACAGGAGAGAGGCCCUUCCGCUGUGGGGAGUGCGGGCGCUGCUUCCGCCUGGAGAUAUGCCUGGCCGCCCACCAGAAGACACACACCAAGGGUGGGCCCUACCUUUGCGCCCACUGCGGGAAGAGCCUGAGCACUAAGAUAUACUUCAACAUCCACAUGCGGACUCACACGGAGAAGAGACCAUUUGCCUGCACAGAGUGUGGGAAGAGCUUUGUGAAGAAGGGGACUCUCACUGCACACAAGGAGAUCCACAAGCGGGAGAAGCCCUUCAAAUGCCCUGAUUGCAGCAGGUGCUUCGGGCAAAGUGCCAUGCUGCUGGCACACCAGAAGAUACACCUCCGCGGGGGGCCCUUCAUUUGUACCGAGUGCGGGAAGAGUUUGAGCACCAAGCGGUACUUCAACGUCCACCAGAGGAACCAUGUUAAGCAAAAGCCACUUGAGGGACACAUCAAAGGUAUGCCUCCCCGGAUCGUUCAGCUUAAAGAAGAGCCUGACUUGGCCUUCAAAUUGGAAGAGAAUGUGUUGGAGAACAUGUCUUGUGAUGGAGAUAGAGCUCAGGGGUAUAGUAUACGCAGAAACUCAUCUGAUCCAAAGAGCCCUCCUUGGAAAACCCAGAUGAAGGAAGAAUCAGAACCAGCCAUUGAAGGUGAAGUAAACAUUACUGCAAUAGCCUGCCAAAAACUCUGUAUCAAAGAAGAGCCACCAGAAAACCUAGACUAUGGAAAGCUCUUUGAUCCAAAGAUCCCACUGACGGCUUUAUGUGGAAGUCAGGUUAAAAAGGAAGGAGAUGCUGAUAUGCAGCAUGAGCGGGAAGUCCCCAUGGUCGGCAACCAAGUGCUCCAGGUGAAGGAAGAACUACAGGAGAGCACUGAAUAUGGGAUCCACUCUGGGCAGAAGACAAGCCUCAGUGCCAUUCAGAGGAUCCAAAUUAAAGAAGAAGCUGGUGUGGAGGCCAACCACAAGGAAAGCCAGAGCCCAAAGAGGAAGCAGAAGAAAUAUCAUCAGCCUGCUAAAGAAGGGCUGCUGAAGAACCAGCAGAAAUCCGAGCCCAAGAAAGGUCCCUCAGCAAAGGGAGUUCACAAAGGUGAACGGAUAUUCCCUUGUCCUGAGUGCGGGAAGAUUUUCAAUCAGAAAUCAAACCUGACCAGACACCGGAAGAUCCACACGAGCGAGGGGCCGUACAAGUGCAGUGAGUGCGGGGAAAGCUUCCGCAUGAACAGGAAACUGAUCCGACACCAGCGACUCCACGUGAGUGAGCCGUUCAAAUGCACUGAGUGUGGGAAGAGCUUCACCCAGCGAUCGAAUCUGGUUCGGCAUCAGAGGAUCCACACCAAGGAGGAGCCCUACCAGUGCCCUGAGUGCGAGAAGACCUUCAACCAGAAGGCCAAUCUCUUCCGUCACCAAACAAUCCACAUUCGUAUGGGACCUUGCAAAUGCACCAAGUGUGGGAAAUGCUUCCCCCAGAGGCGGCACCUCAUUAAACACCAGCUGCUCCACUCUCGAGGUGGGGCCUACAAGUGUGGGGUGUGUGGGAAACGCUAUCGGCUGAAGAAGUACCUGAGAAGGCAUCAGAAAAUCCACAUGCGGGAAGGAACUGCCCCCUACAUGAAAUGGGGGGACGCCACAAGGGGCAGUAGCAGUCCCCACCACGCCGAACAGAGAGUGCUGGUCCCUGCGAAGAGCGAAGAUGAGACUAGCCAAGAAGCCAGCAGAUUAUAUUCUGCCUUGUACGCCUACAGCCCCACUGCCUGGGUGCAAAUGAGAAUGGCUUUUCUUAGCAUCAAGGAGUUUCACAUCUCUCAUGUCUCAGGGACUGCCUUUGCCACCAUGAGUCCCAACGUCAUCAGUGACUUCACCAGUUUGGACAUUCAGGAUGGCCUUGCUGAAGGAGAGGGGGAGACAGGCUUUGUAAUGGAGCACUUGUGCAAGAGUCUGUAUUUUGUGCUAGUGAUGGAAAGCAUGGAGCUGAUUGGUGCUCAGCCUGUUAUUCUAGCAGCUUCUGUGGAGGAUGAGUAUUUACCUCCUGUCACCUUAGCCACCUCUCAUCCCACCCAGGAGCAGUGUGGCACCACGGGAUACUACCAGCAAGGGUCCAGUGGGCCAUGGCCUCUGAGGAAUGGAAUGAUGGAGCAGCCAGCCACGAUGGCUCUGGAGCUCUUGGAGGUAGAGGAUCUUCUCAUCCAACCCCAGGAGAAGCUGUAUGCUCGUACGAUUUGUGGGGACAGUUUUACCCACAAGGCUGUCCACCAGAAAUCCCACAAGGAGGAGAUGGAGGCUGAAGAGUAUGAGAAGGAGGGAAACACUGACCCAGUUGGGAAGCUGCAGGACCAAGAGGCCAAUGGAUCCAGAGAGGAGGUCAGCAGGGAAGGUCAGAGAGAUCACAGGGAAGGUCAGAGAGAUCAGAGGGAUCCUGAGAGGAAGGAGAAGCCCCAUGCCUGCACUGAGUGUGAGAAGAGCUUCAAGAUGAAGGUGGACCUCACCAAGCACCUCCGGACUCACACGGGUGAGAGGCCAUUCCCCUGCACUGAAUGCAGCAAGAGGUUCAUCACCAAAUCACAGCUCAAGGAGCACCAGAGGAUCCACACAGGGGAGCGGCCGUAUAAGUGUCCAGACUGCGGGAAGAGCUUCACCCAGAAGUCGCAGCUCAUUGUGCACCAGCGGAUACACACCGGUGAGAAGCCCUACCAGUGCAUCAGCUGCCAGAAGAGCUUCGUGGACAAGUCACAACUGGUGGCUCACCACCGGAUCCACACAGGCGACCGCCCCUUCAAGUGUGGGGUGUGUGGCCGCGGCUUCCGGCAGAAGAUCACCCUCAUCAAGCACCAGCGGGUCCACAGUGCUGAGGGGGGUCAGCGGGAUGCCGCCAGGGUCGCUGUGGCCGAAUCCACACUGGCAGGAGAGAAGAUCUUCUGCUGCAGCACCUGCGGGAAGGAGUUCAAGAAGAAGUCAGUGCUGGUGACCCACCAGAGGAUCCACACCGGAGAGGAGCCCUACCUCUGCGCUGCAUGCGGGCAGCACUUCCGCCAGAAGAUCCACCUUGCCCGCCAUCAGCGGACCCACCAGCGGCCCGUGGCCCACGUCUGCGGGACCUGUGGGGACCAGUUGGGCAGGAAGGGGGAGAUGCUGCGGCACCACCAGGGCCGCCACCCCCACCAGGCCCCCCACACGUGCUCCGCCUGUGGGAAGUGCUUCAGCCAGAAGGUCGGGCUCAUGGCCCACCGAAGCGUCCAUGAGCGGGGGCCAGGAGAGUGGCCCUUCCCCUGCGCCAUCUGCGGGAGAGGUUUCCGCAAGGAGAUUGCCCUCAUCACCCACCAGCGUGUCCACACGAAGUACGAGCCCAACCGCUGUGGGUGGCCCUUCCCCUGCGCCAUCUGCGGGAGAGGUUUCCGCAAGGAGAUUGCCCUCAUCACCCACCAGCGUGUCCACACGAAGUACGAGCCCAACCGCUGUGGCAAGUGUGGCCAGGUCUUCCCUGAUCGGGCCCAGCUCCGACUCCACCAGCCCUCCCACGCUGAGGACCGGCCCUUCAAGUGCGCCACGUGUGGGAAGGAUUUCAAGAGGAAGGAGAUCUUGGUCACCCACCAGCGGGUCCAUACGGGAGAGGUGCCCUUCCAGUGUCCCCAGUGUGGCAAAAGCUUCUCCCAGAAGGCCAACCUUAUGAAGCACCAGCUCACCCACACCCGCAGGGGCCCAUUCAUCUGCUCCGAGUGCGGGCAAAGCUACACCACCAUCGGCCACUUCAGGAGGCACCAGAGGAACCACCUAAAGUUGCAAAGCCCUCCCAGUGAGGGAGAGGAGCCCCCCAAGGACCUGACAACCAGCCACGUGCCAACGGAGCCUGCAGGUGGCCACAGUGGCCCCAUCGUUGUGGUGAAGACAGAGGUUGACUCUGAUGACUAUCAAGUCCUGCAGGUCCCCUGAUGGAGGGAAUCAGGGUGCAUGAUGGAGAAAAGUUUGCACCUGCUCCUCUGGGGACAGGGAUGCUGCAUCCCCCCCCUGCCUACAACCCCAUGCCCCACGGGCACUGCUCCCCUGGGAGCAACCAUGACAUCUCAUGGCAUUCGGAGGGAGUCAGGAAUGAAAACGCGUGCUAGGAUUUGGUCUUCAGCAUUUAGAGAAACCCUGAAUCAAGCCUCAAUCAAAACAGGCUUAAAAAUGUAAGAAUUGGGUAUGGGGAGGUAUAAACAUGUAUUCUGGCUUCUUUUUGAUUUUUGAUUUAAGAGUCACCUUUUCAAGGUUUUUUUUUUUUUUUUAAACUAACAGGAGGGCUGAGAAGCUCAAUUUUUAAAGCAAGAAAAUGAAAUCUGUGAUUUCAGAUCUAUUCACCUGACUCCAAGAGCUGGAGCACUGAAAAACAAAACACCAAAUAUUGAGAGACUUGCCAUCUCUGACUUCCUGGCAGGAAUCAGAGCAGAUCAGUGUUGUAUCUAGGCCUCCAGCUGCAGACACCGGCACCACAAGACAGCAGUCACCCCACCAUCCUACGGGCACAUGUUCGCUGCAGGGCAGCCUGGACGUCCACUGCCAUGGGAGAAUUGCACCGAGCUAUAAAGGAGGACAUCAUUACCCUGAGGAGGACUCAGGGAUGGGGGGACCCUGCUGGCACCUGGGGAAUUCACACUGAAGUCAUUUAAUGCUCCUCAUGGAGGGCAAACACCCACCCAAUGUGGGCCAAAUUGCAGACCCAGAGCCUCAGAGUAAGCACCGGCGCAAAGCUGAUGAAGGGUUUAUUUCAAACUGUUGCUGUCCCAAGGAACCUGCUUUAAAAUAAACUCAUGCAUGGCUUGA